UUUCCACUCAGCUUCUCGCAGUUUAAAAUGGCGGCGUUGAGCAGCGCCGAGUCCCCACCGCCCGUCUUCAACGGAGACACCAUGGACCGUGAUCCGGAGCGGGAGCGGGGACUGGACGAACUGGGCGCUGGGCUCGACACCACUUGCUCCGGGGGGAUUCCCGAAUGUCAGCAAGACAUUCCCGAGGAGAUAUGGAACAUUAAGCAGAUGAUUAAGUUGACACAGGAGCACUUAGAAGCACUUCUGGACAAGUUUGGGGGAGAGCACAACCCUCCGUCCAUAUAUUUGGAGGCCUAUGAGGAGUACACCAGUAAGUUAGAUGCACUGCAGCAGAGGGAGCAGCAGCUCCUGGAGGCCAUUGGGAACGGCACCGAGUUCUCCUGCUCCUCUCCCACGCCAGUCGGCUCCUCCUCUGCCCUGCUGGACGUCAAGCUGAGUGGGGCACAGGGCUUCACCCCGGCCCCCAACACCCUGGCCGUCUUGCAGACCCCCACGGACACCACCCGCGGCAACCCUCGCUCACCGCAGAAGCCUAUCGUCCGGGUGUUUCUGCCGAACAAACAGAGGACAGUGGUCCCAGCUCGCUGUGGGAUGACGGUGAGGGAUUCGCUGAAGAAGGCUCUGAUGAUGAGAGGACUGAUUCCUGAGUGCUGUGCUGUCUACAGGAUACAGGAUGGAGAGAAGAAGCCGCUUGGCUGGGAUACAGAUAUCUCCUGGCUGACAGGCGAGGAGCUUCAUGUGGAGGUCCUGGAGAACGUGCCGUUGACCACCCAUAACUUUGUGAGGAAGACUUUCUUCACGCUGGCCUUCUGUGAUUUCUGCCGGAAGCUCCUUUUCCAGGGCUUCCGCUGUCAAACAUGUGGCUAUAAGUUCCACCAGCGCUGCAGCACCGAGGUCCCGCUCAUGUGUGUCAACUAUGACCAGCUGGACUUGCUGCUGGUCUCCAAGUUUUAGCACCACCCCAUCACUAAGGAGGAGGUGUCUUCUGAGGGGACCACCCCCGUGUCCGAGGUCUGUCCGUCCCUGCCGCCCUCUGACUCAACCGGUGCCACAGGGAAGGAAGGGGAUGACUUGAUUCGUGAUCAAGGUUUACAGAGGUCUGAUGGAGCCCCCCCGACCCACCCAGCCCGCUGCUUGAGGAAACAGCGCACGCGGACCUCAAGCCCCCUCCUAUACUCCUACCCCAAUGACACUGUCUUUGAUUUUGACCCCGAGCCUGUGUUCCGAGGUUCCACGACAGGAUUGUCCGCCACGCCCCCUGCCUCGCUGCCAGGCUCCCUGACCAAUGUGAAGGUGCCGCAGAAGUCGCCAUGCCAACAGCGCGAGCGAAAGUCGUCGUCUUCGUCUGAGGACCGCAAUAAAAUGAAAACCCUGGGCCGGCGGGACUCGAGCGACGACUGGGAGAUCCCAGAGGGCCAGAUCACUCUGGGACAGCGGAUAGGCUCGGGCUCCUUUGGAACAGUCUACAAGGGAAAGUGGCACGGUGAUGUGGCGGUGAAGAGGUUGAACGUCACUGCACCCACUCCUCAGCAGCUGCAGGCUUUCAAGAAUGAAGUGGGCGUUCUCAGGAAAACCCGUCAUGUGAACAUCCUGCUGUUCAUGGGCUACACCACCAAGCCCCAGCUGGCCAUCGUCACGCAGUGGUGCGAGGGCUCCAGCCUCUACCACCACCUGCACAUCAUCGAGACCAAGUUCGAGAUGAUCAAGCUCAUCGACAUCGCCCGCCAGACAGCGCAGGGCAUGGACUACCUGCAUGCCAAAUCCAUCAUCCACAGAGACCUGAAGAGCAACAACAUCUUCCUGCAUGAGGACUUGACGGUGAAGAUCGGUGACUUUGGCCUGGCCACGGUGAAGUCUCGCUGGAGCGGCUCACACCAGUUUGAGCAGCUCUCUGGGUCCAUCCUGUGGAUGGCCCCCGAGGUGAUCCGGCUUCAGGACAAGAAUCCGUACAGUUUCCAGUCGGAUGUGUAUGCCUUUGGCAUCGUGCUGUACGAACUGAUGUCUGGAGUGCUGCCCUACUCGAACAUCAACAACAGAGACCAGAUCAUAUUUAUGGUGGGCCGGGGCUACCUGUCCCCGGACCUGAGUAAAGUGCGCAGUAACUGCCCCAAGGCCAUGAAGAGGCUGAUGGCCGACUGCCUAAAGAAGAAGCGGGAGGAGAGGCCCCUCUUUCCACAGAUCCUGGCCUCCAUAGAGCUGCUGGCACGCUCGCUACCCAAGAUCCACCGCAGCGCCUCGGAGCCCUCUCUCAACCGCGCCGGCUUCCAGACGGAAGAUUUCAGCCUGUAUGCCUGCGCCUCCCCAAAGACCCCCAUCCAGGCUGGCUGCUAUGGGGAGUUUUCAGCCUUCAAGUAGAGCUGCAGACAUCACUAGUCCAUCCCUCAUCACCUUUUGCUAAGUCUUGUGUUCCUACAGUGGGUUCAUGCAUAAAGCUGAAAAAAAAAGAAAACCUAGUCUCAAAGAAUGUGCUGUUUCUCUUUCCCCUUAACCUGAAGAGCUACAGCCUCAAAAUGGAGUUGCAAACAAACAAAAAAAAAAGGAAAAAAGGACAAAAAAAAGAAAAGCAAAACGACAACAAAAUGAUCUCUGCAACAGGACAUCUGUGGUUCACAAUAUGUAAUACAAACAACCAGGCUUAAACCCCCCACCCACCCACCCACCUCCCCUCCAGCCAACAACAACAACGACAACAAAAACACUUGACCAUAAAACAACCAAGAGGGAGACUAAUGCUAAUGGGAUCAACUACAUAAUUCAAAGGAGACUGUUGCGACAAACUGGGAAAUGGAGAGUGGACGGGACACGGCCGCCCUCCCCACGAUGGGCAAGAGAGUCAGUCGGAGCGUUUUGAAGGAGGAGUGCGAAGUCAAGAAGGGCACGAUGGAGUCGUUGUCGUCCGCUGUCUCUCCAAAAAGGGCAGACAAGGAGUGGGGUCUGGAGGGGUGGUGGUGGUGUGGGUUUAGUUGUAGCCAACCAGGGCACAGGAUACUCUUUAUCGACCAUUGGCACUUGACUGUGGACGGAAUGACCGCUCCAACCCGGUAGUGUCUCAUUGGCUAGUGUGGGGCGACGGGUGUCAGGUCAGAGCCAAUCCCAGUGAGGUCUGAGGUUUUGAGGUCAUAGGGCCAACCUAUUUGGAAGAUGACUUGAAUGACAUUUUUGGGGGAAAAAAAAUCUUUCUCGUGUUUUUUUUAAAAUUUUUUUUUUUUAUAUAUCUAUGUGUUUUAGGGUAUAAUGGGAGCUGCUGGUGUAAAAGCUUUUUUUUUUCUCUCUCUCUUUCUUCUAAUGUUGAGCUUGUUACAACAGAAGAGGAUGGGAUGCUCUUCUAGUUCCCCUUUCUCUCGGCUAUGUAGAAAGCAAGUCCUGUAUGGACCCUUUCAAGAGAGUUCCAUUAUCAGCAUCAUAGUUGGCCCCACAAGACUUCCGUUUUAACAUUCCAUAUGUUAUCUUAAUGCAGAGGAAGUAGAUUGGGGCCCAAAUAGAACGUUCAAGCAUUGUUUUUGUUUUUAUUGUUGAAAGGGUCUAUACAUUCCUUCCCUACCCCGAGUUGUCCAGUCUCAUGCCUGUACAAAGAAGACAUGGCUCACUCCUGCUGCAUCGCUGACCACAACCUCCACAAUCCCACAACCACUCACAUUCCAUGGCAGUGAUCCUUCGCUCUGUUGCACAAGGCCACCCAUGUCCAGUGAGUCAAAUGUAGUUGAGAUUCAAGCAUCCAUACCAUGUGCAAAAUGGCAUGUUGACUAAUCGCCAUCUUGGUGCUCUUGAGUUUUUUUUGUUUUUGUUUUUUUUUUCCAUUGAAAAUGCAGCUACAGAAACACCCUUGCUUUAAGCCCAGCUUUCAAAUACACAGCACAAUUCCGCACAGACUGAGAAGGUUUAAUUGUGGGUUUUUUGUCGUUUUUUUUGGUCAGGGUAUACUGGCUUCGAGCUGAUAAGCUAGUCAAAUAAAAGGGUUCAAUUCACAUAGUCAAAAAGAAAGUACUUCACUGGCUGUGUCAGUACUACAGCAGUACGCUGUAGAAGCAAAAAACAAGUCUGCUUUCCACCAUCUUAUCCGAAUUACAGUGUCAGAUAUCAGUAUCACUGUAAAAUAUAUGCUGUGAAAGGUUAUGGUGGCUGGAGAGUGUUCGCUUUUUUCUUUCAAAGUCUGCUCCAGGGGUGUUGUUGCCUAAUGGUAGUUUCCGUUUUUCAAAUGCAGGCUUUCUAGUUCACAAAAAGCCAGGCCAGAAUGUGAUUAUGCGGAUAUACUCGCAUGGCUACAUUCUCACAGCUUUUGUGGAGACGAAUACAGUAUAUAUAUAUAUAUAUAUAUAUAUAUAGAGAGAGAGAGAAAGACAGAGACAGUUUCAGUCUAGGAAGAAUUUUAUUUAUAGCUGAUGGAAAUAUUCAUGACCAUGGGUGUCCAGAUAAAUCAGUGUAAGUCGGUCAUCGUGGAUGAGUUUUGCAGGUCAAAGUCAGUUCCAAUGAAUUUAGUGCAAUGCAAAAUUUACCCUUCCUGUUGUUUUUGUUUAUUUGUUUUUCUGUUUUUUUUUUUAACCUUUUGCAAGCUUUGGCAUUCAACUCUCUUGGACUCUCUUGCUUGCGCUAUUUCAGAUGUGUUUAUGUCUGUCUGGCUUUAAACACCAACAAGUUUGGCCUGGGAAACGUUACAAGAUGGCUGCCAUCUAUUUUUCUUUGCGCAGAAUCCACAUCCACAACUGGAUUAAGCUUAAUGUUUUGGAUAUCUCUGAAACGUGCCAGCUUUUGUUUUUUAAAAAAAAGUAGAAAUACUUGUCAUGUUUUGCAUUCCAGUGUCCGUUUGAAGGGGUCAAUGGUUUUUAUUAAUUAAUUUUUUUCUAUUGUUUUGCCUUUUUUCUUGUGGUCAGGCAGGCCUGCAAAGUUAAGACUUUAUUUAUGUGACUUAAAAUGUAUUGACUCUUUGUUUUUGGUUUGUUUGUUUAUUCUUUCCAAGAGGACUUUAUUUUUUAGCUGUGACUAUUUCUUUAACUUUUUAUGUGGAUCCUGAAAUGCUUGUACUUGCACUUUGUGGAAAUUGGUUGAAGCAAACGAGCAAUUUUGCCUUUUCAUGGACUAAAAAAAAUAUCGUCAUAAGCAUAACGGCACCAGUUAAUGAAGCGCCGUAAAGCUGCUGUGUGUUGGGUAGCUGAGAGGACUAAGAGGUGAGCAGUGAUGCUGAGGGUGGUUACAAAAAGGGAUGCUGGUUUCUUCUCCAGCCCAACCACCUAAUUCCUACAUUAGUUUGAUUUUUUUUUUUUUUUUUUUCUUCCCCUUUUUCACUGAUGACAUUCCUUAGCAUUAUGUUAUCCCUCCAAAAUGUCAAAUUUCUGUAUAUUAUUAUUAUUAUUAUUAUUAUUAUUAUUAUUAUUAGUCUUUGCAGACUUUGCAAGAGUAUGUUUUUCUUGUGGCUGGCAGAGAUCACGCCCAUCCAUUUUCACAAGCCUGUCUCCCAGUCCUCCUCUGCAGAUUGGCAUCCAUCGAACAUUCACUCUCUUGCUCUCUCUCUCUUUUCUUCUCUUCUCCUGAGGCUACACAGCGCUGCAUGCUGCCUGGCUUUUGUUUCUACCUAAUAGCUCCAUGUCAUGCUUGCUAUUGUACAGAAUACCCACGGGCACUACUCGACACAUGCACAUAUGGUUGCACACAACAAGCAAGGAUCUAUCCCUGAUUUGGGUCCGUCUCGAUUCAGGGGAGUUUCAGAACAGAUGUUUCCUCAUGAGAGGAAUAGCAAAGUGUAAAGCAAGUUGAUUUUGGUGUAGGUAGGGUGCCGUCAACAACAACAGCAGAAGAGAGGAUGUGUUGAUUACUGUCAUAACAUGUAUAUUAUUUCUGAUAACCCUUUUUGUCCAUUCUUGCUGGCUGCAAAAUCCACCAAUAUAUUCAGUGGAACUUUACAAACCAUGAACAGGAAAGCUACGGGAAUGCGUGGAAGUGUGUUUUUAAUGAGUGUUUUAUUUAUUUUUGAGAUGUUCUUAUUUUCUAUAAGAAUGUUGUCUAAAAACAAAUAGUGAGGGUGAAUAUUUCCAGAUGUUGUUUAAUCUUGGCUGUGAGACUGUGGGUUUUGACUGAGGUGUCUUUUAUAUAUUUCUUCUAGAACCUUCUCCUCUCCCAUUUCCCGUUUUAGGUUCCAGAAUGUCCUUAGUGUCUGAGAAGACUCUCUUGAUCUUAACAAAUCUGCCCCCCCCCCCCCCACACAUCCCAUUUUCAUGUCCCUCUUCUCUUCCUGCCUCCUUGCCUGCACCUUAAAUCUCUUCGUCCCAUAAACCCAUUCAGCUGAGCACUAUCACAUACCUUUUUUGGGAGAUUGUUUUCACCUGUAAAUAGCUGUACAAAGGAGAAAAAAAACACUGUCCAUUUGCUAAGAGGCAUGGAGACUAAACAUGAAAUGAGCUAUAAAAUAUUUCGAAAUGACAUAAAGGUUGACAUAAAUACCCCGACAUUUUGAUAGAGGAAAUUCUGAGAAAAUAUUUCUGUGUAAAAAUAUUUAAGACUGUAUAUUAUAAAAGGAACAGAGCUUAAUGUAUUUGUUGUGAAUAUGAAAAACUGAUAUAUUAAAGAAGUGCAUGAAAACUGUCAA